AUGGCUGAUGGGACCCAAGCCACACCCAAAGGGGAGUGGUCAACCGGGGCAUGUAACCAGAACCCCCAAAGCGCACUGCUCGCACUGCUCGGUGCUCUUGCUGCAUUGACCGACAAGGGUCCAGUCAUCCCUGAGGACCCAACUGAGGAGAAGGACAAGGACCUAGAAUGUCUCUUUGAGGAACUAAUGGAGAUACCUUCCUGGCACGAGCACAUGAACAGAUUUGCUCAGAGCAAUCCAACAGCCACUUUCCAGAUGACACAGGAUACUGACAUGCUGAAGUGUGUCACUGGGGUCCAGACACUACCUGUGACUCCAGGGAUGUCUGUACUAGCAUCACCACAAGGAGGGUUCGUGGAUUCAAGUGCCCAGUUUGACCAAGGACAUCUCCUAGCACCACAGAAACCAAAGAUAACCAUGAGGCGAAUGUACCAGAAAAAUGCUGAUGGUCGAAAGUACUAUGCGUGCACAUUCCAGGGCUGUGUGAAAGUGUACUACAAGGCCUCCCACCUCCGGAUCCAUGAGCGCAUCCAUACUGAUUGGCAAAGCACCGUGUAUGUUUCCAACUUACCCUUUUCCCUGACCAACAAUGACUUAUACCGGAUAUUUUCCAAAUAUGGCAAAGUGGUAAAGGUUACUAUAAUGAAAGAUAAAGAUACCAGGAAGAGUAAAGGGGUUGCAUUUAUUUUGUUUUUGGAUAAAGACUCCGCACAAAACUGUACCAGAGCCGUAAACAACAAACAGUUAUUUGGGAGAGUGAUAAAAGCAAGCAUUGCUAUUGACAAUGGAAGAGCAGCUGAGUUUAUCCGAAGACGAAACUACUUUGAUAAAUCUAAGUGUUAUGAAUGUGGGGAAAGUGGACACUUAAGUUAUGCCUGUCCCAAAAAUAUGCUUGGAGAACGUGAACCUCCAAAGAAGAAAGAGAAAAAGAAAAAGAAGAAAAUUCCUGAACCAGAAGAAGAAAUUGAUGAAGUAGAAGAGAGUGAAGAUGAAGGUGAGAAUCCUGCUCUUGACAGCCUCAGUCAGGCCAUAGCUUUCCAGCAAGCCAAAUUUGAAGAAGAGCAAAGUAAAUGGAAACCCGGUUUGGCAGGUCCCUCAACAUCAGAUGAUUCAAGGCGCCCAAGAAUAAAGAAAAGUACAUAUUUCAGUAAUGAGGAAGAACUUAGUGAUUAAAAUUAUAUUUAUUAAAUAUCAUUUAUUUAAAAA